AUGAAGUCCACUCGCAAGACACCCAGGACUUCAAAAACCACCCAUUUGGUUAACAGAGACAGACUCAGCAACUUGCCGAAAGAUAUUCUUCACUACAUCCUCUCCUUCCUUGAAACCAGGGAAGUUAUACGACUAAGCGAAUUGUCAAGAAGAUGGAGACGCGUUUGGGCUUCAAUGCCUUACUUAAAUUUCGAACAAUCCUCAUUUGAUUCAGCAGAUAGUUUCUCUGACUUCUUAUGGUUGGUACUACUUUUCCGGGAUGUGUCCGAUAUUAAACGUUUCCGUCUAUCAUGUGAAGGAUAUCGUGAAGAUGGAAUUCCUGUACAUGUGCUUAAAACACUUCUCUUGGUGGUCAAGAAUCGUGGGGUCGUUGUGCUUGAUCUUGAUAUCGCUACUUUUCAAUAUCAAUAUGACAAUAACUUUCAAUUGCUGAGUUGUUUUGCUGAUUGUAGGUCGUUACCUGAAAUAAACUUGAGAUUGUUUGACUACUCGCAGUUAAGUUGUAUUGAUUCAAUGAGUUUCACGAUGCUGAAAACUCUACAUAUUGAAAAAUCACAAUUCUAUCAAGGUGUAACUUAUCGUGAAAAGCUCGUUUUAUGCUGUCCACACCUUGAAAACUUCUUGUUGAAAAACUGCAACAUGCUUAACCUCAAAGUUAUUGACAUAGAAGCUGUUAAUCUUAAGAAUCUGAAGUUUAUGAACACCAGCAAAUAUCCAUUUCGUGGCGAGCUCAAGAUUUCUGCACCAAAUCUCAGGUGCUUAUCUUAUCUUGGUCCUACUUUGAAGGGAUACUCUUUCCAGAAUUUAUCAUCACUGAACAAAGCUUUAAUUCAUCACUUCACCGAGAGGGUUAACAAUGAAGAGGACGGUUGUUUUUUAUUGUCUCUUGUCUGUGCAUUGUAUAACGCUGAAGUUCUAUAUUUGUCCAGCCACUUCGCGCAGGGAGUGUACUAUGUUCUUCUCUUUAAAAAUUUUGAAAAGCUUUUGAAUAUUGGUUUUCAAGCUUAG